CACCUCCUUGUCCUCUCUUUCUCUCUCUCUCUCUCUCGUUCUCUGCAUCUUCUUCUCCUUCUUCUGAGUUUCACAUACAAAAUGCUGGGCUCUCGAUUCUGCGUCCGCACCGUCUCCGGCGUGGGCUCCGUCACAGCCGAUCACACCAAUGCCGUCGUCUCCACCCGUUUCGUUCCUCACUCCCUCGCCUUCGAUUUCUCACCGAUUCACCUACCGCAGCUUCGAACCCGGCGCUUUCAAUACCCCAAAUCCAUCCUUAUUUCCUGUAAUUCAUCCCGCAGCAGAUCCAGUUUUGGCGAUCAUCAUCACAACAACAACAACGACUUUCUCGAAGCUUCCCUCCUUCUCUCAGAAACAAUCUCACACUAUCAUAUGUGGACGUGGAGGCAUCGAUUUCAAUCAGAGUUACAAUGGAAAUCGUCUACACCAUCAAUUCCAUUAUCUAUCCAGGAAAAAAAUUCAAGAACGGAUAAUUAUAGUAAUAAUUUAAUAAGACAAGGCUUGCUACAGGGUUUCCAGAAUCCCACAAUUUUUCUCAAGAUUUCUUGUGAUGGAGACUACAUUCUGCCCAUUGUUGUAGGAAAGAUUGCUAUUGAAAAACUUAUAAAUGCUGAAGCUGAACAAGAAAGUCCGGAUUGCCCAGACCAGUUCCAGUUUGUGAAAAACCUUGUUGAAAGACUAGAUCAUGAAGUGAUAAUGGUGAGAAUUACGGAAAGAGUGGUCAGUACUUACUAUGCCAGAUUGUACCUUAGCCAGCCAGGGAAAAGUGAAAUUAUUAGUGUGGAUGCACGUCCAUCAGAUGCCAUUAAUGUUGCAAACAGAUGCAAGGCUCCAAUAUAUGUAAGUAAACAAAUUGUUUUCACAGAUGCUAUCAGACUCGGUUAUGGAAUGGGCAGAGUGCCUAAUAAAAAGGCUAUUUAUGAUGUACUGCUUGACAGUCCUUCAGAUGGUCCAGAUUUGGUAGCUCAAGAGCUAAGUAUGAUGCGUAACAUGCAUAUAGCUAUCAAACAGGAAAGAUUUAAAGAUGCAGCUAUAUGGAGAGACAAACUUGCAAAUCUUCGUAAAUCAGCACAUGAGCACUAAUUAGCUUGUUAGGGUAAGUUCUGAAGAAUGUAUUGGUAUCAUUUCCUGAUAAUUUUUCAACAGCAAUAUAUUGAGGUAUAAGUUACAGAAAUGAAGGAAACUAGCAAAAUUAUGUGUUGUACAGCUGCGCAUUAGAGUCGUCGACCCCAGUCAGUGUACAUUAAACGUAAUAAAAUGCCCUAAACCUUGUAAAAUACUACUAAUACUCUGAUUGCAAUGACGAUCUCAUGUAUGCAAUCCUUAACAUGAUCAGCAAUGGGAAGAAUUAAUGUGGCCUUGACCCACUG